GUCUCCAAGGCAGAGGGUGUACUGUCUGCAAGUCAGGCUGGCUACUGAAAGCAAGCCCCUCCUUUGCCUGAAACAAACUUUUUGUAGAAGUCCAGAGUCACUUCCUUCUGAUAAAGUGAUCAAGUUUCAUCAAAUAACCAUGCCCACUGCCCUUCUGGAAGCAUCAGGACUUUGGCAUGUUACACUGGAAACCUGAGAAACAGCACUGCAGCAUAAGAAGGUGCAGCAGUCCAGCCUGCUGGCACUGGCACAGCAAUAGCACAAGAAACAAUGAAGGAAAAAAGAUCAAUUUAGCCCUUAAUGCAUAUCAAAUAAAAAAUAAAAACGCUGACAGAUUAGUAAAAUAUUCUGUACACACAAGACAUACCCUAGUUUCUUUCAAAGAAGAAUCAAUUCCAUCCUUAUGCUGAUGCAUUUGAUCUACAUGAAUCCUCCAAUCCUACAAAAGGCAUCACAAAUUAAAACACAGUCAUUACCAUUACCAGAAGAAGAAUGGAAAGAAAAAGAGGCAGAAAUACCAAAACUUGGUUUUGGUAACAGGAUACAAUUAGAAGAGGGAAAAUUAUUUCCAGCUUCAAGAUCAUAGGACACAUACAUGGACUCUGGGGUGGGGGCUGAGAAAAGGUGCUGUGAACUGGCCCUGAACACCAGAUGGGCUUGCUGAGGAUCACAGCAGAGUGGUUCAAGCCAGGCAAUUCUUCACACAGAAAAAUGCAGUAUGGUGUAAGACAGGCAAGCAGCUCAGCAGACAGUUGAAGGUUUCCCCUAUUUUUGGCAAGCUCCAGUGAAGCAACAGAAGGAAAACCAGACGAUGCCAAGGAAAAGAUGCAGUGUAGAAAUCUUUAAGCAUAUGGGAAUGCAGAAGCUUGCAACACACUUGGGAAGAGACCCCGUGUGACACUCACAAAGGACCGCAGCUCGGAGAGCACAUUUGAAAUCACUGCAUUGGGGUCGUCGUACUCCUGCGGCUGCUCGAAGGGAUGUCCUGCUUUGCUGAUCAGCCAAGCGGCAAGCGUGCAGAACAUGAAGAACUGCUCACCGGGAUUGGUGGGCAGCGCAAAGUAGUGCCUGUUUCAAAAGGGAGCAAAUGGGAUCUGACCUCGCUCCCGGUGCCGGGUUCCUGCGCUCUGCCCCUAAGAGAAUUGGCGCGGCCGCUGCAUCCCCGAGCGCGUUGGGAGCGGCAUCGUGACUGCUUUUGACCUGAAUCUAUGAACCAAUGAAGAAAUGAAAGAACCGAGCAUACCAGGCGUUAUGAUCUGUGUAUUUCACAUCAGUGCUACACUUUGGGGUUUUACAGAACAGGAAGAAGUAACAGGGCUGUUUUCCAAGGAUUGCAUCCUCCCUUGUCGUUUCCCACCUGGGCAUGAUGAGGUAAUUCACUGGAAAAUAGAGAACAAAAAUGUGCACAGUUACUACCUGCAGAAGGAUCAGCUGGGAGAACAAGAUCCACAUUACAGACUCAGAACACACCUUUUCCAUGAGAACAUCCCUAGUGGAAAUGCCUCCUUGAAACUUAGUAACCUGACCAUGACUGAUGAGGGCUCUUAUACCUGCUACGUGGGAACAGCACAAGAUCAAACAGAAGUGGAAGUGCAACUACACGUUAAAGCUCCUUCUUCUUAUGCACUGGAAUACCAAAAGACAAGCACAGAAAGGAGACUGAAGUGCUAUGCUUUUCUCACUUAUCCAGCACCAAGUAUAUCUUGGGUACAGGGCAAUAUAUCCAUCCAGGAGACAGACUGGGAGGAAACUAGGAAUGGAGUUCUCUAUUCUCUUAGAAGUGACAAGGACAUUAUAAAUGUGACAGAUACUUACUACUGUCAUAUUCAUUUGGAUCAUGAAGUGUGGGCCGCUGAAUGGAAGAUGCAAGACCACCUGCCUAAGGUGGAAGGAGAGAGCACCGUAAUUCCUUGUGAACAUGGCCUUGACACUGCAAGCACUGACGGCUUCAGUGUUGUCUGGACAUUACACAGAAAUGCAGUGACCUCAGUCCUGGCCUCCUUCAAUGGCACAUCUCACUCUCACCAGCCUCGAGUCCAGGUUAACGAAAGUGACUUUUCGCUGAGGUUGGAUCAUCUUACUGCAAGUGACAGUGGGGAAUAUCUGUGCAAUAUUUCAACACCUCUCUACACAAAACUUGCUGUGACAACUUUGCAUGUUGAAAAUUCAGGUAACGCUGGGAAAAUUGUGCUAGGAGUGCUUGGUGCAGUGGCAAUAGCAGUGACAAUAGCAGUGCUACUUUGCUAUGUCAAGAAAAAAAAGAAGAGAAGAAUCAAAUCAAAUCAAACCAAAAAGAAGAGAGGACACCUUGACGUACAGGAAGAAAAUAGCUCUCUGCACACAGAUACUACUGACACUGGCAAUGAAAAGAGCAAAGAGUUCGUCCACAUUCCCCCUUUGAGUUAACAGUAAGAGCCGCAUGGAAAUGUGAUUUUCUGAGCAACAGUAGCAGACAAAUGGGGAGGAAAAAAAGUAAAUGGAUACUUGUAUGUGAAAAGUCAUGGAGCAGGGCAUCUCACCCCCCACAUGGGCUUAUCUGUUGCUUUUUAACUGGUGAGUUAACUCAAACCAGACAGAGCUGUCUUGUAGUGAGUUAUUUUGGCACCAUGGGAUUACCACCUGGAAAGACAAACUGGAAUUCUGACUGACAGGCACCUGCCUUUACAAACUAUAUAAACUAUAUGAAACUGUCACAAAGCAGAAAUAUUCUGCACAUUUUCCUGGAAACAUGGAGUUUCUCCUCAGAGCAGGGACACCUGCUUUGCAAUUAUUCCUCUGGAGGCUGAGUAUUUCUUUUGCUAGUUUUAAUAUAGGUAGCUUGAUAUCAUGCACUGUUUUAUGUAAUCUACUGGUAGUUCUUUUGUUUUAUACUGUGUCAGAAUUAACUCAGGUUAAGACCUUUCAUGUGUUACUUCCUAUCUUUUCAAUAAAUAACUAAUUUUAUAAAUAGACCUGAUCUGCCAUUCUUAGAAGCUGUGGGCUAGAAUGAUUUCUUAAAUUUAAGCUGUUGCCAAAAAUCUGAGGCUAAGGCAGGGCUUCUGUGAAGCUCCCACUUGUUCUGUGACAAGUCAGCAUGCAAAAUUGGAUGUCCUAAAGGGACAAAGAAGUCUCCAGAGAAGAAGAAAUCCCUAAAUUUUGAGUGUUGGUUGGGGUUUUUUUUUGGGUGAGGGAAAGAGAGCUUACUGUUUUUUAUUUCAUUUAAUAUUUUAUUUUGAAGACCAUGUCUGCUGUCGACAGUGGCAAGUCCGAGCCCAGCAGAGCGUGCUGGGCUGGCAGUGGUGGGGGGGAGCAGAGAAGUGGCCGAGUGGGAACAGCUGUGGGGAACAAAACAGUGGCAGACUGAGGUGUGAGAAGCUGAAUGCUGCCAAACACAGCCUAGCACAGCGGUCUGGGAAAUGGACUGUGUGACAUGGACGAUCCAGCUUUUGGGGGUUUAUCCAUCAUUGUUCUCCAUUGUCUUGGGCUCAGGGAUAGGAAAUGUUAGCUAUGGGAGCCUCCCCCACCUGCUUUUGUCCUGGGGGCCACAUGUUGUGUGGGAAUGGUUGCCACCUUGUCUUGGUCUGGAAAAACACGUGGAGCCGGCAGCACUAGAACGGCUGCCAUCUUGUCCUUGUCCCAGGGGACCACAUGGACAGGACCUAUGGGAAAUGUUCGCCAUCUUGUCUUUGUCCCAGUAGCCAUAUGGAACUAAGUUGAGGUGGUGAACACCUUUGUAUGGGUAAAGCAUCUCUUCCUGUAUACUUCUGUUAUUAACAUUGUUGCUCUUUACUUUCAAUAAAUUAUCUCAACCCACA